AUUUGUUGUGAUCAGCUCACUGUUGUUGUUGCUCGGUACCAUACGAGUUGUGUAGUGGUGGAAAUCGGUGUGAUAUAAAUUUUACAAUUUGCAACAAUUGCAAAACUUUCGUGUGAUGUUACGAUAAUAUAUUUAAUGUGUGGUUUAUUAAUGUGUAUACACAUCUGUGGAAGUUAAGGCUCAUGAAUUGCCCUCGAUGGAAAACGAUGAUAAUGCCAAAUCCACAAACCGACACGCGAAACGAGUUAGCUAUGAAUGUAAAACGUGCUGCAAGACGGUCUACUCUAAAUCGCACAAGCAGUUCCACGAAGAAGUGCACCGUACUUCCCGCUACGCCUGCAAUCGCUGCAACAAAACCUACGUGCACAAGCGCGAUCUGGAGCUGCACCACAAGGUGCACGAUGCACCCGGUCGGCAUCAUUGCACGCGCUGUACGGCCAGCUUCGACAGUGCGGCCCAGUUGCAGACGCACAAGGACUCGAAGCACGUGCCGAAGGAAAAGUUUGCUUGCCAGCUGUGCCCGUUGAAGUUUACCCUCAAAGGUAACCUUACCAAGCAUCUGAUCGUGCACGAUGGCAAUCGUUCGUUUUCCUGUGAUGUCUGCGGCAAAACAUUUUUGCGCACCAAUGCGCUAAAGCACCACAUGCUGAGCCAUCGCGUAAAGCGCUACCAAUGCCAGUCCUGCAACAAAGAGUUCAUCGACGCCCGAAACCUGGAGCGGCAUCUAAAAACCCAUUCCCGGUUGAAGGGUUUCAAGUGCUCGAUCUGUGGCGUAACGAGUACGCGCAAGGACAACAUCGUGCGGCAUGCCAAAAGUUUUCACCCGGAGAGCGAUUUGAAGGAAAUUGUGCUUGCAAAUGGCAACGUUAGUGAAGACCAGAUGGAAGCAAUUAAACGGGAAGCACAAACAAGCACCAAACCGGAACUGUCCGUGCCGACCAAUCGUAUUAGUGUCAUACAGGUGAUUGGAACGCCAAAGACAUCGAUCACGCUGGUUCAGCCAAGCGGUGAUCGAGCGCCGUCAACCGAUCGGACUACGGGGCGCGAACCGAACCAAAUCAAUGCACUGCCCACCACCAGACAGGAAGCGCCGAAAGUUGGUUUCGCCGCCCGUCUAGACAAUCUAGAAAUCUAUCGAAAAAUCUUGCAACCUGCGAGUACGCACAGCAGCACAACUGCCAACAGUAGCCGGUUGUCGGAAGUAGGUCAGUCUAACCUCCAAGCUGAAGAUAGCAGCACAAAACAAACCGAACGCUUCCCAUCGGGUGAACUCGGCCACUGUAAUAAUCCGACCGAAAACACGGUUGCCAAUGGUGACGCAGCUAGUCAUAGUGGGGGCAGUGGGGGUAGCAAAGGUAGCGCUGAUGGUGGGAACGCUAGCGCUAGCACCGCCAGCGGUCUAGGAUCUAUUAAUAAUUUCUGUGAAGUUCACUGGCGUAAGCGCACCUCGCAGUACUUUAUCACUAGCAGCAAGGCGCAGACCGAUCGUCCGACUGUGUAGUGCGCGUACGAGACAAAACACA